AUGCAACUGAGUAAUAAUGUGACUGAGUUCAUUCUCAUUGGGUUGACACAGGAUCCUUUUUGGAAGAAAAUAGUGUUUGUCACUUUCUUGCUUUUCUAUUUAGGGACGUUGUUAGGAAACUUGCUGAUUAUUACUACCAUCAAGACCAACCGGGCACUUGAGAGCCCAAUGUACUUCUUCCUUUUCUACUUAUCAUUAUCUGAUGCCUGCUUCUCUACUUCCACAGCCCCUAGAAUGAUUGUGGAUGCUCUUUUGAAGAAGGCCACUAUCUCUUUCAGUCAGUGCAUUAUCCAAGUCUUUACAUCCCAUUUCUUUGGCUGCUUGGAGAUCUUCAUCCUCAUCCUCAUGGCCAUUGACCGCUAUGUGGCCAUCUGUAAGCCGCUGCACUACAUGACCAUCAUGAGCUACCGUGUCUGUGGUGUGUUGGUGGCCGUUGCCUGGGUGGGGUCCUGUGUGCACUCUUCAGCUCAGAUUUUUCUUGCCCUGAGUUUGCCAUUCUGUGGUCCCAAUGUCAUUGAUCACUAUUUCUGUGACUUGCAGCCCUUGUUAAAACUUGCCUGUUCAGACACCUACAUGAUCAACCUACUCUUGGUUUCCAACAGUGGGGCCAUUUGUACAGUGAGUUUUGUCAUGCUGAUGUUCUCCUAUGUGUUCAUCUUGCAUUCUCUGAGAAACCACAGUGCUGAAGGGAGGAAGAAAGCUCUGUCCACCUGCAUCUCCCACAUCAUCGUGGUGGUCUUGUUCUUUGUACCUUGUAUAUUUAUAUACACACGUCCUGCAGUCACCUUCCCAGUGGAUAAGAUGAUAGCUGUGUUUUAUACAAUUGGGACACCUUUGCUCAACCCUGUGAUUUAUACAUUGAGGAAUGCAGAAGUGAAAAAUGCCAUGAGGAAGUUGUGGAGCAAGAAAUUGAUGUCAGAUGACAAAAGAUGA